AUGGACGAUGCCGAGCAGGACUGGACUCUUCCUGAGUCCUCAUUUGAUUUCAUCCACAUCCAAGUAUCAGAAGCUCGUGCUCACUUUUGUUGUGACGAUGACACAUUCCCCGAAGACUCGAAGACUAGACAUUGGCUUAACGAAUUUGAUCGCAUCUCCCACUCUUGUGGGCGUGAGUUUGAUGUAUUCCCAUUUUUUGCUGGCUGGCUUCGAGAUGGAGGGCUCAUCGAGGUCGAGGAGACGGAAAAAGUCAUGCCCCUGGGAACCUGGCCCAAGGACAAGAAGCUGAAGAUGAGGGGCCGCUAUUUCAUGGCACAGUUCCUGGGCCAUGCAAUGGAGUCCUACAGCACGUCGCUGUUCACUCGCGUUGGCGGCUGGAGUGCCGAUGAUCUCUGGAAGCUCCUCAAUAAUGUGACUGAGGAGGUCAGGUCUAAUAAGAUGCAUAUAUAUUCCCACUUCUCAUUUGCCAUUGCAAAGAAACCAGAGCGAGCUUAA